AUGGCUUCGCAAGCGGCUAGCGGCUCGGAUGUCGCAAUGUCUGAAGCUGAUACUGUGGACGAGCAAAAGUGGAUGUCCUUCAGCGUACGACAUGGCAAGACCUUCCACAAUGUUCGACUGGCCGAGGACGACUCAGUACUGGAGCUCAAGAUGGUCAGUCCAUCCCUUGUAGCGCGAGUCUGCGGAACAAUUACUAAUGUGUCCUUCUCUUCGAUCCAUGGAUUCUCCCAGAUAAUCUUCAGUCUCACAGAUGUCCCUCCCGAGAGGCAAAAACUUCUGGGCCUCACACGUGGCAAGCUACCAAUCGACGAGGCGCCCUUGUCAAGUCUUGCUAUCCCACCCGGAAGUCUAAAGGCAAAGCAUCCUGUCAAUGUGGAUGGCACUAGCUCUCCUGCGUCAUCUGGUACGCAUACAAGCGGAAAGACGAUCAGCAUCAUGCUGGUAGGCACUCCAGUUCAGGACACCUUUCAAGACAGAGCAGUUCUACUGGAUGCGGUGAGCUCCAUGACGAAUGUGUUGACAACUAAGUGUGAAGUCCACAGAUCUGACGAGUCAUGCCGUUACGACUUAGCAUGGAGGACAGAACGGAGAUGGAAGAAAGAAGAAGCGCAGCAAAACGGAGGACGAGCGAAAGGCCGACCGCGGAAAGCCCGACUACGUUGCGUGGGUAUCAUGGCCGGAUGCAGCAUUGCCUCUCCCGCGUCAAGUCUGACAUUGUCCAAGUUUGCACAUCUAAAACAGCAUGUCCGAUCCCUCGGUUAGUCUCCAGAAGCCGCAAGGCAGUGUAGAACAGCGGUGCCGGGCUCAUAAGCUCGACGCACCACAUCCUUGCAGAAUCUAUCGAAGGUUCGCAAGACGGUGGAAAGGUUUCGCGAAUUUGCCCCUAUACAUCCACCUCGUACAGGAUUAUCUGGCGGACUUCUUGUCUUGGUGAGAGCAUUGGCCCGGCACUGUGCAAGCCACCUCGACCCUCAUGCUGUACAGCACUCCGCACAGGACCUCGACUGGACGAUAGCAGAUACCCACAAGUUAAUGGACCCACAGUGUCCCGUAGCUUUGGCGGCCCGUCCCGGCCUUCACGAGGUGGGGCAUUCUCUGGUCGCUCUUCUGCCCUCCUGUGGCUGACCUCAAUCGCCUUGUUCAGUUCCUGGCAGCAGUCUACCCAUACUACGACAUUGCUGUCUGGUCUCAAACCAGUUGGCGCUUUCUAGAGAUGAAGCUUACAGAGCUUGGGUGCUUUGAAGACUCGCGGUAUCAAAUCACAUUCAUCUUGGACAGAUCUUCUAUGCCAGCGGUUCACGUGCGCGAAGCUACAAAGAAGGAGGUCAAACCGCUUGACGUCAUAUGGAAUAGGUUUCCCGAAGUAUAUGGCGCACACAAUACUGUUCACGUACGUGAUGCGGCUGCGCUUUCACGCAUCACUGAAGACCUGACUCUUGAGCUCUCCGCAUUCUAACGUCCAGGUCGACGAUCUCGGCCGAAAUUUCAUCAUGAAUCCUCUCAACGGAAUCGUCAUCCGACCGUAUUACUCCGAUGCCCCUCUAGACGACGAGCUUGCGAGCCUAGCAAGGUACUGCUUGCAACUGGCGAAUCCAAGCGUGACAGACGUACGCAACCGUGGCUGGUCAACCGCCGGACAUGACAGGUGGCAUGACUGCACCUUACCGCUGGUAAGCUCCUUACCCGUCGCGCUAGACAAAGCGGACACUACAGGUAGCUACGCCUACGUCUUCAGACGAAGACACGCACAUUGGCUAGCGUACGCCGCCAAACAUCCGUCAUCAACGAGACAUGGGGCGACGCAAGCUCGCGCUGUGCCACAGGAAGGGCCAAGCAGCGGUACUUCAGCAACAACAAAUGAAGGAGAAGGAAGUGUGUCGGGCAAUGGUGCUCCCAUGCAAGAGGAUGGUGCAAAAAAAGACAAGGCACCACCAAAGCAGUCUUGA